GGGCAGAGGCCUCGGCAGGCGCGGUCAUGGCGGUGCCCACGAACAGGUCCCUGGCCCAGGCUCUUGCCUUCCUGGUCGGGCUGCUCCUGAGCGGCCUGGCGGGCGCCAUCCCGGCCCCGGGCAACGGCGGGGCGCGCGACGGGCCGGGGCCACCCGCUUGCCGCUCCGUGCUCCUGGACGCCGCGUCGGGCCAGCUGCGCCUGGUGGAGGGUCGCCACCCCGAGGCGGUGGCCUGGGCCAACCUCACCAACGCCAUCCACGAGACCGGGUGGGCCUUCCUGGAGCUGGGCACCAGUGGCAACUACAAUGACAGCCUGCAGGCCUACGCAGCUGGUGUGGUGGAGGCCUCCGUGUCGGAGGAGCUCAUCUACAUGCACUGGAUGAACACCAUGGUGAACUACUGUGGCCCUUUCGAGUACGAGGUGGGCUACUGUGAGAGGCUCAAGGGCUUUCUGGAGGCCAACCUGGAGUGGAUGCAGCAGGAGAUGGAGCGGCAGCAGGACUCUCCCUACUGGCACCAGGUGAGGCUGACCCUCCUGCAGCUGAAGGGCCUAGAGGACAGCUACGAGGGCCGCUUGAGCUUCCCCACUGGGAGGUUCUCCAUCAAGCCUCUGGGGUUCCUACUGCUGCAGAUCUCGGGCGACCUGGAGGACCUAGAGCCAGCUUUGAACAAGACCAAGACCAGGGCGACCCUGGGCUCCGGCUCCUGCUCUGCCCUCAUCAAACUCCUGCCUGGCCAGCAGGACCUGCUGGUGGCACAUAACACGUGGAACGCCUACCAGUACAUGCUGCGUGUCCUCAAGAAGUACCAGCUGCAGUUCCGGAAGGGCCCCCGAGAGGACUACCCCCUGGCUCCGGGCAACAAGAUGGUCUUCUCGUCCUACCCGGGCACCAUCUUCUCUGGUGACGACUUCUAUAUCCUGGGCAGCGGGCUGGUCACCCUGGAGACCACCAUCGGCAACAAGAACCCGGCAUUGUGGAAGUACGUGCAACCCCAGGGCUGCGUUCUUGAGUGGGUCCGCAACACCGUGGCCAACCGCCUGGCUGUGGAUGGUGCCAGCUGGGCAGACGUCUUCAAGAGCUUCAACAGUGGCACGUAUAAUAACCAGUGGAUGGUCGUGGACUACAAGGCAUUCAUCCCCGGCAAGCCCAGCCCGGGCAGCAGGGUGCUCACCAUCCUGGAGCAGAUCCCGGGCAUGGUAGUGGUUGCUGACAAGACCUCAGAGCUUUAUGAGAAGACCUACUGGGCCAGCUACAACAUCCCGUCCUUUGAGUCUGUGUUCAACGCCAGUGGGCUGCAGGCUCUGGUAGACCAGUACGGGGACUGGUUUUCCUACAGCAAGAGCCCCCGCGCCCAGAUCUUCCUGCGGAACCAGUCUCUGGUGCAUGACGUGGACUCUAUGGUGCGGCUGAUGAGGUACAACGACUACCUCCAUGACCCUCUGUCGCAGUGUGAAGCCUGCAGCCCGCAGCCUAAUGGGGAAAAUGCCAUUUCUGCCCGCUCCGACCUCAACCCAGCCAACGGCUCCUACCCCUUCCCAGCGCUGCGCCAGCGCUCACAUGGGGGUAUUGAUGUGAAGGUGACCAGCAUGUCGCUGGCCAAGGCACUGAGCCUGUUGGCUGUCAGUGGCCCCACGUGGGACCAGGUGCCCCCGUUCCAGUGGAGCACCUCGCCUUUCCAGGACCUGCUGCACAUGGGCCACCCUGACCUCUGGAAGUUCGCCCCCAUUGAGGUCUCGUGGGACUGAGGCACCUCUCGCCUGCUGCCUUGCUGCCGGCCCCGCCCUGUGGAGCCCUGGCAGGCCGCACUGCCUGCCCGCCGCCUGGCUCUGCCGUCCACCAGCCUGAGCUGGGGUCUGCCUGGGAGGUUUUCUCCAAGGUGAGACCAACUCAGUGUCAGUCCUGAAGAGCAUGGGCCAUCCCUACCCCUGCUCUGCUGUGCUGUCUCUGCCAUCCCCCCAUGUCCUGCUGGUCACCAGGGCAUGCUGGGGUCCCCACCGCACCCCAGGAAGCAGACUAUACCUCUGGAUGGAAACUUGAGUACAACCGAAACCAAAGUUUCUGGCCAUGAUGGCCAGAGGGUCCUGAGUGCCCGUCUCCCUGCAGGGCUAGCAGGAGUGUCGCGCUGAGCUCCCACCUCUUGUCCUUGCCCAGUCUGGUCUGCCCCUGGCCUCUGGGCAGCACCUGCAGACCCCACUGUAAGAACUGAACCGCAGAUUGUGUCACCAUUAAACACAGGAGGCUGUG